AUGAAGGCCGGACUUUUGGCUCUAUCCUUACUCGCUGCCGUACUACGGCCGGCUUUUGCGCAGUCCCGUAGCCUGGAGAAAAGAGCAGACGGGAAGGAGGAUAACAACGCCCAAAAACCCACGAUAUUCAAUGGUGUAACCGUGCCGCCUAUGAAAGAACUUCCAGCGCAGGGAUUUGAAGAUAAUAUUAAGGAUGGCUACUGGUUUAUCAAAUACCAUUCUCCUUACUGCCCCCAUUGCCAGGCUGUACAGCCUACAUGGCAAACGCUUUAUGAAUUUUACUAUACCUCAAACCCUCUAAAGUCAUCUACUGUGAAACAAGCAUCAAGUCCCGAAUCGUCCCUUAACUCCUUCCAAGGCUAUUAUAAUUUUCAUUUUGCAUCAAUGAAUUGCGUUACCAACGGAGACAAGUGCGAAGAAUUAGGAGUCAUGGAAUGGCCAACGUUUUCACUGUACCAUAACGGCAAAUUGGUUGAGAAAUUUUCAGAUCAAAAGAAUAUAGAAACACUUAGUCGUUUUACUGAAAAGUGGUUGGAGUCUAUUAAACCAGGUUCUCGACCUAGAAAUAAAAUAGCAUUACCGGAACCAGGAGCGACGAAGACCCCCGAUAGUGGCUCAGGUCAAAACCCAGGAAACCCGCAAUCUGCACCUUCGAAAGACUUGAAUAACCCGCCCCAAAAUAAAGAUGCCGACAAGAAAGGGCCUACACCAAAUUUGCAAGGGAUAUCUGUUCCGCUGACAGCCGAGAGUUUUCAGAAGCUUGUCACUACCACGAGAGAUCCAUGGUUUGUCAAAUUUUACGCUCCGUGGUGUUCUCAUUGCCAAGCUCUUGCUCCAGUUUGGAGCCAAAUGGCUAAAGAUUUAAAGGGGAAACUUAACAUAGGCGAGGUGAAUUGUGAAGUGGAGAAAAGGCUUUGCAAAGAUGCCCGUGUUAAUGCCUACCCCACCAUGUAUUUCUUCCGCGGAGGCGAACGCGUUGAAUAUGAAGGUCUUCGUGGUCUUGGUGACCUAGUCAAGUACGCUAAAAAAGCUGUCGAUGUGGUCGGCUCAGGAGUUCAACUCGUGGACGCCACCGAGUUUAAGAAGAUGGAAGAAACUGAAGAAGUCAUAUUUCUGUAUUUCUUUGACCAUGCUACAACGUCGGAAGAUUUCGCUGCUUUAGAUCGUUUAACCCUAAGCCUUGUCGGCCGCGCGCGCCUCGUCAAGACUAACAGUACUCUCCUUGCUGAGAGAUUCAAGAUUUCAACUUGGCCUCGUCUUCUUGUAUCAAGAGAUGGAAGACCUAGUUACUAUACCGCACUCGCACCUAAAGACAUGAGGGAUUUCCGCCAGAUACUGACCUGGAUGCAAAAGGUAUGGCUGCCAAUCGUUCCGGAAAUGACAACUUCGAAUGCCCGAGAGAUCAUGGAUGGCAAAUAUGUUGUGCUUGGUAUCCUUAACAGACAGCGAUCAGACGAAUUCAUUCAGGACAAACGGGAAUUAAAAAAUGCAGCUUUGGAAUGGAUGGAAAAGCAAACAAAAUUAUUUCAACUAGAGCGCCAAGAGCUGCGCGACGCCAAAGAGCUUCGUAUCGAAGAAGCCGAUGACCGAGGCGACCAACGAGCACUACGGGCUGCCAAAAACACCCGCAUUACGAUUAAGGAAGACGAUAAAAAGCAAGUUGCAUUUGCGUGGGUUGAUGGUAUUUUCUGGGAUAGAUGGAUUAGAACCCAUUUUGGUAUCGAUGUAAAGAACGGUGAACGAGUUGUCAUUAAUGACGAAGAGAAUCGCCGUUACUGGGAUACUACUCCCAACGGUGGCUAUAUCGUCCCAAGCCGGACUUCAAUUUUAGAAACCCUGACUCACAUCGUUUCGUCACCCAGCAAACUCAAAUCCAAAUCAACAGUUGGCGUUGUUGAAGGGUUCUUCUACUCCGUCCGUUCAUUUACCACAUCACACCCGAUUAUUACUUUGUGCCUUUUGGCAGUCGCCCUCUUCACCGGAUCUCUUAUAGCAAGAGGAAGAUUCCGAAGAAGUGCUAGAUCUGCUGGCGGCCUCUUGGGCAAUGCUGGCGGCAGUUCAGGUGGGUUUUUCCACCUGGAUGGAAAGGAAGGUAUGCUUGGCGGAGGAGGUGGUGGGAAAGUGGACUAA